AUGACCUCUGAACAAGUUAAGCACUCGUCCGCAGAAGGAGAGAAGCGAAAGCCAUUUGACCCUGCAGUCAGGGAGAUGGUGUCUGCCAUAACUCACCGCUUUACUGAUCUUCAGAAAUCUGGGAAACUGCAGCAGGGCGAUGAUCAGGAUGAUAAUGGUGUAAGAAUCGUCACCCUUGCCGGAAACAACACCGGAGCCACUCUGCGAAGCGAGAUGGACGAGAAAGCCAGUCCUCUUCAUGGGGUUUCACUUGGGGAGCCUGAGGACCUGACCACAUACGUGAACAGCAACUUCCAGGCCAUCAACAACUCAAUCAUGAUGGGUGGCAGCUACAACACCAACGACCCAGGUGUUCAUGUGGACAUCGUGGACUACUUUGACAGCAAAGGCCAGAAUCCAGCAGACAAGCAAGGAAAGAAGGGUAAGAGAAAAGAGAAGGAAAGCUCCAAAAGUGACCAACAAGUUUCCGAGCCUACUGAAUGA